AUGGAGAUUCAAACGAUCAAACUUGAACUCUAUUCCGGUUUUAUUAAAGAAGGAAUUUCAAAAGAACAUGAGGUGGAUGGUUUCAAAUGCUUGUGGAGCUAUGCAAAUAACAAAUCAACUUGGAAAUUCGACUGGUCCGGACUGAAGCCAUUCGGAGUGUGUGGAAUGUCGGGAUAUGUCUGCGUGAACCCUCGUCCUUCCUACACACAAUUUACUCCACUGAAAUUCGAAGUCGACUUAAAAUAUCCAGUGCAAACGAUUGAAAAAGCUGCCACGUCCGUACAAGACCACCAUGCAAUUAUUGAAUUCUCAUUAACUCCUCGCCGUAAUUAGAUUGAAGUUUACGAUAAAAUGUUUUUGGCCAACGAGGGAACGGAUGCAGUUCUGGUGAUUGAACGCAAGAAGCUGCAUGUUUCCAAAGCGUUCCUCUCCUUCCAUUCGGUUUUUUUUCCGUAAACUUUUCACAUCGAAAUUCAAGGAAAGCAAAAUGACUGAGAUCCCAAUCAAGGAUGUUUCCUACGAGGACUUUGGACUUGUGAUGAGCACAAUCUACCCGGAUACGAUCUUUCCAAAUGACGAAACUGCCGAGAAACUUCUUGAAAUGGCUGAUCGUUUCCUGAUGCCAGUUGUAACCAAUAUUGUGGAGCAUCAUCUUCUCUACAACAGCAAACUGCCAAAUGAGAAGAUCAUUCGCUUGGCAGAUCAAUAUCGAUUGGAAAUGCUUAUCAAUAAAUCGACUUGGAAGGUGGAUUCACUCGCAAAAUUGAGACAGUUGAAGAAUACUCCAGAGUACGAGAAGCUUUCCGGUGACACAAAAGCCAAAAUUCUCGAUCGCCUCGCUGGACCUUAA